GACACAAAAAUGAAGUAUCAGUUGGAACGACUUGGAGCAUACAGUGCACAGAAGCAACUCGAGGACCGGGUUGAAAACUUCUUCUCUUCCGAUAAAGAAUUGCUAGUUUUUCAAUGUAAACCGGAGCUUGAUGGCGAACACAUGCUUCUUGCACGAUCAAUCAUUGAAGAAAAACGAAGAUCUUACGCGAAAACCUACCAAAAUUCCCAUCUAGCGAAACAGAAAAAACACAUUUGCAUUCUUGUGCAUCUUCGCCGAGGAACAACAGGUUUAAGCGCCACAUGGUGGCAAUUUAAUUAUCUCUGCAGCUGGAAACAGGCUUUCCUUGAUGUUAUCGAACAGCCGUUAGUUGCCAUGAAUGAAUUUCGCUCCGAAUCUAUCGAAAAGCUCCUUACUGAAUCAAGUUGGUCCUUUAAGAAAUUUUCAAGUGACUCCAAGUGUUUACUUUGGUGUUUCAAUUGUAUAAAGUAUAUAAAAGAACAGAGACCUUUGGACAUAAUUUUAAAAAUGGCUAAGGAUCUUUUCGAGUCUACACAAGUGUUCAACGCUAUCCAAAGCAUUGUUAUAAGGUAUGUUAACGAGCAAGAGAAUUAUGAAUCGGUGGCAGUUAAGGUCGCCUGUACAAAAGAAAUCUUAAUCAACUCGUCCACCUUUUCAUCCGCAAUCGAACAUUAUCUCUGCCGUUUGGUUCGUAAUCCACUAGCCAAGAUAAUCUACUUCUUGGAACGAGAGAAUGCCUGGCCAACUCGCAUUUCCGAUGAGAAAGCUCCUGCCGAGUACAACGAUGUUUGGUGCGACUUGAUUUCAAGAGAUACUAUUUUUGACAUUUUCAAAAUUCCUGAUCCACUAGGAACCGAGUCAUAUAUCAUCGAUGGCGUCCGUCUUGAGCUUAGCGUGCCUUUUAGUCAAGUAAUUGUUCGGAAAGUGAAUGCUGCAAAAGAACAAGUCUUAGAAACGUAUGACUUGUACACGGACGAAGACGAGGAACACAAUCUGGAAUCGCAAGACAAACAAAUGAAACACUACAUAGAUAUUGUGACAAAUAUUGCUCCAGAUAUUCUAGACCUUCCUGGAUGGUGUCUUAAUUCGUAUUCAGAAGACUUUAUUGAUAUAACCUUAGCAUCCUUCAGUGACAACAUGAAACGUAGGGAGAGAGUACAGAUAGGUAAUAAGGCAUUGUCGUCUUUCGCCAGCGACUAUGGUUUGUCCACAGAGAAUCCUCUCUAUUCUUGCAUUCAAUCUCAUUUGCUAAUGUGGAAUUUUAAACAUCAAAUAAUUGAUCAAAUUCGAAUGAUUAAUUUGUGUAAGCCGUUUGUGGAAGAAACUGUCGUGGAGAAUGUAAUCAAGCAAUUUGUAGAGAAAUCUCAAAGGGAGGUGAACUCAAGGCCCAUAGAGACUGGCAGCGUUUCGCCUAAUUUAACGAGGGAUGACGAAGCAAUUUCGAUAGAAAGAACCGACAUGGAAACAAACGUGGAAUGCGAAAGGUCGGAAAAUGCCACACCAAAUUUAAAACGAAAGAAUGAACAAUCGCAAUAUUCGGAACACCUCUAUCAAAAAAAAAUGGCAAAAAGAAGAAAGCAUGGAAUGGAGACGGAGUUUAAAAUGAUCGAAAGCGAGUCAUCUAUUUUAAAGAAUAGCGCUGAUAAACCUGAUGAUUCAGAGACUGACGCAAAGGGAACAGAAUAUCGGGAAAGCGAAAGUGAAAGCAGUGACAGUGAAUCGAGUAACGAAGAAAGCAACAGUAGCACUAGUGAAAGCGAACACGAUGGUAGCGAAGACGUGCAUACUUCAAACGCCGAUUUGGAGACAAGUUCAAUGUCCGAAUGUUUUGAGGAUGUUCUCGUAACUAAAUUUUGUGAAGAAAUGUUUCCUUCUGAAGUGCUCAUUAAUCGCGACGGGCUGGAAUCGUGGAUACGAAAUUCUUCCCUGUUGUUGUCUUUGGCGUUUAACGUGAGCAACCAGGCCCCGGCAUUCCAUUUCCUGCGCCUAUGCGUUGAUUACGCAAAAAUGGUACAAAAAACCAGAAUACCUACGGACUAUCUAUACAAACUGGAUGAAAUUGCGAAGGAGCUCAAACCCGAAUAUCUAGACAAAGAUGGAUCGCUUCAGAAUUUCAAAAAAAAGUUAGUUGAUCCUUUAACAAGUGAAUUAGACCCUGCAGAGGAACGAUAUGUUUUGAUGCAAAAAUUCUUGGCUAAGUUUCAUAACCGUUUCUUAGAUACAUAUAAAGAUGCUCAAUCGGCAAUACCAAUCGUUGAGAAUGUAUUUUCCCUGGACCGGGAAGAUUUGGUCUUGCUGAUGAAACCGGUGAUGUACAGUUUAUUUUAUGCUUGCCAAACGAAAUCAAGUGGGAUAUUUUUCGAUAUGAUCAUCGAUCAAAGUGUUAUGGACAAUUGCCCGAUUCUUAACGCUAUUGAUAAAAUCUUUAAAGAGUGUUUUUCAAAAGGUUUUAUUCAUCAUGAUUCUUAUCCAGCUGUUUUGAUCUGUGACGUGGUCGUUUCCAUCCUAGAGUUUGACGAACGCUGUAAUAUACAGACACUUACAACUCCCGAAUGUGAAUUGCUCAAGUGUCUUCGCUGCGCUACAAAUGUCCUAAAUGGAGGAGAAAAUUAUGUCGGUUUGGUCCUUCUCACAUCGGUCGCGUUUCUACGCGUUUUCUAUACAAAGUUAUCAAGACACAUUUACGAAAGAAAGAAAGACAUUUCUUUUGAGGAAGAAUUUAUAAUAAUGGAAAAACCUACAAUCAUGGAAGAGAUUAACUCCCUUUUAGCGCUCAACAAUGCCAGAAGUUCAUCAUUACAAAUCUUUUUUCUGAAACAACUUUAUAAAACCGGUAUGACCCUGUUUGACCUCCACCAGUUUUUUUCUGAAAGCGAAACAUUUCCUGCAGUUACCAGCCAAAUUAAGCAAUGCAAGGUCGUUCACAAGGCCGAACUUGUCUCAGUUCAAAGAUUACAGGAAUAUAGAGAAGUAGAAGCGGCAUACGUGCAACUUGAACAAAGAAAUAAAAGCGACAUGCUUAACAUGUUGUUAAAAUGUCGGAAUUCGGCAAAAAAUCGACUAGCUGUGAUGGGAUUCCUGAUUAACACGUUUUAUAUCAAAAAAGCUGUUACCAACCUCAGCCACAAGGAAGAGCAAUUAGCGCAUUGGUUUUCCGUAGUAAUCGAGGAAUAUCCGGUUAUGAAGCAACUCCUGCUGAGAAUAAUUGGUCGAGAAAAAUUCAGCCAUCCUGGCCUACAGAUUUCUCCUGAAUCAUCUGCACAUGACAUUGAGACCGCGUUGUUAAUACUUCAUAUCACAUGUGUUGUAGCAAGUCGUGUUCAUGGCGAAAUGUCCCCGCUAUUCCAAUACUUGAUCAAACCUAAAGAAUGUCAUAAUACCUGGCUUCUCGUGGACAAAAAAAGAAAGCAACGAGUGUUUGAUGAAUUUGCAUUUUACAAUGCAUCAAGACCGAUCACGUGUUCAUGCCACAUGCGCAUAAAGUUUAAAGAAAAUGGAAUGCAAAACAUUUGUCCAUACUGCGGGACAGAGACCUCGACACAGGCAAAUUCAUCCGAGCAAGCCAAGAUUUACAAUCUGGAGACGAAGUCGAAAGAAUGGGAAGAAUGCACGGCUAAUAUGAGUGCUUCUGUGUAUCGUGCAUUGGAUAUGAUCGUUUAUGCGUGUUUUUAUGCUGGAAUAGCAACCGGAAUUUCAUCCAGUGAAGACGUGUUUCCUUUAUUACCAACAAAUGAACAAGGAUCCACCUCAGCAUCAACAUGUAAAGAUUCAGCAGAUUUCUGCUUCAAUCGUGUCAAAGACGAUCUACGAUGCUUACAGACGAUCCUUUCCUGUGAUAGUCGCACUGCAGUUGACGUCAUGCAUCUUGUUGUCGAGGAAUGUACGGAACUUAUUCGAGGGAAGACUCCCGGUGAUGGUAUUUUUUUAACAGAACAACAAUGUGCAGUAUGGGAAAAGAAAUUUGCAACUACAGCUAAAGAUGUUUUGUCUAACGCGCUCAGAUCUUCAAGACUGAAGUUCGAUGAAAGUAAUGAACAGCGUGUAUUGAUCCAGGAACUUGAUAAAUAUCCGUCUGACCAUCAGAAACAUGACAGGGAAUUAAAGAGAUUAUUUCGCCUAACAAAAAAACCAUCUUUCAACGAAUUGCGAUCGACAUUCAUUGACUCUUCCAGAGAGUUCCAAGAGCAACAUAAGGUUCUGGCAUUACUGUUUUCACAGUUUGACGAGCUACCAUAUCUUGCACACUUAUUUCCACUCUUGAGGUGGAGUCGGUUAAUUUCAUCAAUGUUAACACAUCGUAUUAGUCGGAAAGAAGCAGAAUUAAAGACGGUCGACGAUCUUAUCCAUGGUAGAAUACCUGGUCACGAGAAGGUUGAAAACGAAGAAGCACUAAAAAAAUAUUUGGAUGAAUUUCUUAUCGCUUGGGAAGGUAUGCGCGAUUUUGUCGACCAAGAGCUACCAAAUGGCACUGACCCCAUGCCAUCAUUAACUCAACACAGUUGUUUCCUAGGCUAUUGCCUGACAGAAGGUGACUUUAGUAUCUAUCUACAAACAGCAAUCAAGAUCCUUCAAUCAAUCCAGAACAACAUUUUAGACGAAAUGAUUCUCAUAUCAACGCGUACUCGACAUCCUGCUCUGCAUUUUCUUGAAUUGGACGAAAAUUGUUGCGCAAUUAUGUCCGUCGCUCUGCAAGAAGUAAAGAAGAAAGAUAUCAUCAACUUCAAUUGGCCUGACGAAUUCCUUAUCUUUACACAUAAACUAGAGUAUGGACAAGGUGAAAAAAUCGAUUAUGACUUUGAACGAAUAGAAUUAGAAUUGGCGAAUGAAAUUGCAUUCGGAAAGAGCUACCUCACAGAAUCUCCAAACACAUUCAUAUUUUCAAAGGAACUUUUCCACUCUAGUGCCAAAAUGCUAACAAAAAUUCGAGAAUUGUGCCCCAAAACAGAGCCGUUGCCAGAAGAGAUUUGCCUGGGGCUACACAGUUUAAAAGAACGCAGAAUACAAGAUGCUCAAAAUCUUCUUCAGCAUAUAGAAGGUGUCAUAUUUGUACUAAAUACCCAGUCAAUUUUAAUACAAGAUAUGAAACUGAUUGAAUUUGCCGAUAAAUGGAAAUCAAAGCUUCCUAGUGAAUUCCCCGUUCAUCUGCUGCCGGACCCCAUCAUAAAACUGGCCCAUAUUCCUGCCCUUUAUGAGGCUUUGGAAGAUAUACUUGUUGACGGAACAAUCAAAGGACUGCCAAGAAAAUUCCGCGCAGAACUUACAGAGGAAACCAAGAAAAGUCUAAAUAGUUUAGUGGAUCACAGAAAUGGAUCAUUGAAACUCAAAUUAUUCCUCACAGCGUUGCGUCGUUUCGUAUUCCGUUAUCUCUCAGCAGAAAAAUUCCUUCCAGAAUCGCACACGCCAUUGCGUUCCUGCUUGAUGGAGCCUUCGUUGUGGUCACCAGAAGAAGCUCCCAGUCCUGAUGUUAUUCCAGAAAAGAUGGCAUUGGGGGAUAUUUAUGCUAUAAUAACACAUCUUGAACCGAAAUCCAAAAAUUAUUCAAGUGUCUCCGCUGGUCGCAGUAGAUUUUCGAAGAAACAGAAACGACCUGGUCGUAUUGUAUCUCGUUCUUAGCAACGUGGGAAAUGAUUUAAUAACAGCGGAUCAGAGUAAUAAAAUACAAUAAUACAGUUUUUGUUAUAGGAGGAUAUCAUACAUAAUCAAUCAUAUAUAGUUUAUAUCCCAAUUACAGUAGUCUAGCUGUGGUUGAGCUAGAUGCGGCAUUUCAAAUUUUCAAUACAGUAUACUUUCUUGUUACGAGAUUGUGUAGUAAAAUAGACUAAUUGUACAAAAGCUGGAUAAGCCCGGAUAACGUUAUCCACCGGAUAAGUUUUUCAAUUAAUCGCUUCGAAAUUGCGAUUGUCCGUUGAUCGGUAUAAGUGCAUGCAUGUUCCUAAAUGAAGGAUUCUCUUUAGAGAUUGUUAUCUCGAAAUUUGUAGUCUUACCGCUUUAAGGCAUUUCUACAUCUGAAACAUAACUAUCCGGUGUAUACCGUAUCCAUGCAGCCUUUGUACAACCAGUCCCAGUAAGGCAGUAUUGUUUAAGAUUCAGCAAUUUUAAACAAUAGUUUGUUAUAUUAUUCAGCAAUUAAUAGGUAGUUUUUAAAUGCGAUUCAGUAAUUCAAUACAAUAAUUCUUUGUUAUUAAUUGCAUGAGAUUCCACAUUGAAUAUACAGUUCCUUGACUUUGCGACGAGUUAAGUAGUUAAAUAUACUAGUUCCUUAAUUGUUAUAAUAUUCAGCAUAAUCACAAUAUAGUUUUCAGUUUAAAUACAGUAAUUAUUUGCCUGUUAUAAAAUGUGAUAUCCAAUAAUUUAAUACAAUAUAUAGUUAAAA